ACAUUUGGCAUGUUUUUUGUUGUUGCGCCAGUGGGAUUUUCCACUGAAAAGACGAGAAAAAGUCGAAAAUAAGAUGCUUGGCGAACAAAUGACGAAGCAGUCGCGCUUUUUGGCAUAUAUAAAAUAAAAAUAGUGAAGUAUAAAUAAUUCUUUUACAGUGGUUGAAUUGUGCGGUUGUGAUUUGUUCUGUCCGCGCAACUGUGUACAAGUGAUAAUCACAAAGUUAACAAGUUUAUAGAAGGCGUGAAAAAAGAAAUCAGAAAUAAAAAAAUUCCAAAAGAAAGCUACCAUCGAUUUUGUAAUAAAACAAAAAUUUUUGUAGAAGCAAAAAAUCAAUUAGUGUGAAAAAGCGUUUGUUCGCACAUUUGUAGAAAUAAGUAGGUAAAUAAAAUGAGUGAAGAAGUGAGCAAAGCGCUGCACAAUGGCAGCAACAACGCCCAUGUGGCGACCGGCGAAGGGCCUAGUAGUAGCAACGGCCAAAGUCAAGAUCAGUACCAGCAAACAAAUGAGCAAACUUCGGCACAGAAAAAAGAAGUGCGCGUCUGGUGCGAUGGAUGUUACGAUAUGGUGCAUUUCGGUCAUGCCAAUUCCCUGCGACAAGCCAAAGCACUUGGCGAUAAGGUCAUUGUCGGCAUACACACCGAUGAGGAAAUCACAAAACACAAGGGACCACCCGUCUUUACGGAAGAAGAACGCGUUAAAAUGGUCAAGGGCAUCAAAUGGGUGGAUGAGGUGGUGCUUGGCGCGCCCUAUGUGACAACACUCGAGGUGCUCGAUGAAUACAACUGUGAUUUCUGUGUGCAUGGCGAUGACAUUACAAUGACCGCUGAAGGUGUGGACACAUAUCACCUCGUUAAGUCUGCCAAUCGUUACAAAGAAGUGCGUCGUACUGCUGGCGUUUCAACAACAGAUUUAGUCGGACGCAUGUUGCUGUUGACGCGCAAUCAUUUCCGUCAAGGUUCGGCAGAGUAUGCCAUUGAGAAAGAAGACUUAUCUACAAAAGUACAAAACAUGAAAUUAUCAUCAGGUUCAUCGAAUAUGGGACAAGACUCAUCAGCCAAGAGCCCAUGGACGGGAUGCAGCCAGUUUUUGCCCACAACGCAGAAGAUCAUACAGUUCAGUGAUGGCAAACCGCCAAAAUCAGAUGACAAAAUUGUUUAUGUUGCUGGCGCUUUUGAUCUUUUUCAUGUGGGUCAUUUAGAUUUCUUGGAGAAAGCCAAGGAGUUGGGCGAUUUCUUGAUUGUGGGUCUGCAUACGGAUCCAGUAGUGAACUCCUACAAAGGCAGUAAUUAUCCCAUUAUGAAUUUGCAUGAGCGCGUGCUAAGUGUGCUGGCGUGUAAGUACGUCAACGAAGUGGUUAUCGGCGCACCCUACUGUGUCACUGAAGACCUGCUCGAUCACUUUAAAAUCGACGUUGUGUGCCAUGGACAAACGCCGAUUGCGCUGGAAGAUGGCAAAAUCGAUCCAUAUGCAGUACCAAAGACACGCGGCAUCUUCACGCUCAUCGAUUCCCAAAAUUCAAUGACAACAGAACUGAUUGUUGAACGUAUUAUUUCACAUCGUCUCGAGUAUGAACGCCGCAACAAAGCCAAAGAGAAGAAGGAAAGUGAGGCAUACGAAGCGAUGCAGCGUGCAAAGCAAGCACAGAAAGCUGGUUAGGACUAGGAGACGUACCGCCACGGGUCAGAAUGCCGAUUCGGAAAUAAAUGUGUUGUCGUUUGAAGAAACGUAAAUAUAGAUUAAGUUGCCUGCUGCUUGCUCUUAUAGGCUUAGCAUUCGAAAAAAUGUAAUAGUCAAUGAGAAAAUGGAACGUGCUGGACCCGGGCGGUUGUUAGAUACAUACAUACAUACAUAUUUUUAUGCAGCUGCAGCGCUAUUAUCUACAUACAACAAUUUUAUGUUGAACACAUACAUAUAUUGUUUUUAAGUUUUAUGAUUGUAGUGUCUUUUUUUAAGUUAUUUAAAUUAUACUCAACACAUAAUAUUAUAUUUACAACACGUUUUUUAUGUGUAUGUGCGCAAAUGUUGUACACUGUUGGUACAAAUUGUAGUAGUGAUAUACAUAUGCAGAUACGCGUGCAGGUUUAUUUUUGUAUUGUAAAUUUUUCUUUUGCAACGUAUUUCUCGAUGAUGGCUUAAGAAAAUGCAUACAUACAAACAUACGAAAAAGGAAUACGCUGCGAAUGCAGUAAAAUAAUAUUUAAACAAUAAUUAGAUUAGACCAAAUUUUAUGAAAAUUCAUACGUAUUUGUUAGCUACAGUUAUACAUGUAAAUACACACGCAAUAUAUAGGAAUAUUAUUGAAAAAUCGAAAAUGUAAAAAUUUUCGCUAUUAAUUUCAUAAUGUAAAUGCAAAUGAAAAUGUCCACGAACGAGUUUCGUGUUGGCAGCGAAUUUUGCUAGGUUAUUAUGUAACUAGAAAAUUAAAAAUACGUACAUAUAUGGCUUGCAAUCAAGUCUCAUGCCAAAUAGCAACUGUAGUAACCCGAAAACGUAGCAGAAAGAUCUACUUCUAUAUUUAUACAGCAAUAUUUACUAAAAAAUGUAUGGAAACGUGUACUUUCAAAGCGCAGUGGUUUAUAACUUUUGUGCAUGGGACAUCAAAAAUAAUUUACCGCUUAGAGCACUUUUAAUAGCCAAGUUUCUACUUAUUUUGUGCAUUACUUAGAAUUUAUUUUUACAAAAUAAGAGCACGUGUGAUGUAAUCAAAUUUAAGUGCGUAGUUCGAUGCAUUGCCACAUUUUCCUAAAAUAUGUAUACAUAUGUAUAUCCAAUUUUUGUGACACUUUGAUUUUAAAAUCAUGCGUCGAAAAAAAAAA